AUGUCCCAAGCUGACGUCUCUUACAGCUGUGGAUCUUGUGGGUACCCAUUGAACUUAACCUCAUCAAAUCGAAUCACCUCCAGUAUAGGCUCUGAGUAUCACAAAUCUGUAAAGAAGGGUCUUAUCUCCUUUCUAUCUGUUGAUCUGAGUCGAUUCACGCAAGUUGACGAGGUACAUUGUUUUCCUGUUAGCUGGGUCCGAUAUCGGUCAAAAACUAAACUCCUUUGCCGUAAAUGUGGGGUUCAUAUAGGGUACGGGUAUGGAGAUGUGCCUGCUCUCUGUGGUUUUGACUCUCCCAACUCAUCUGGCGCCACUUAUAAAAAGUUUUCCAUAAAAAUCCGAGCUGUACAGCCUUCAGAGGAGUGCUAA